AUGAUGAAUAGUUUUAAACUCUGAAGUUAUUAAAUGUGUCGACACACAUAUAGGGAGAACUAAUCGCGCUUCAUAAGUGAUGACAAAUGAGAUGUACCAAAAUGGUAUCUAAACAACUGAAAUUCUAAGCCUUGAUGAAUACAAAUAAGAGACUAUCAGCCUCCACCACACCGAAGCAUACUGUUGACAUUAGUCUUGAGAUUAAAGCUGAAACAGCUUUCAAUAUCCUAUGCAAAAACCACCAGCGACAUAUAGUAGAGUAUUUUGAAGCCAUAGUCAAGCUCACAGUUAAAUGGAGCAUUUUAGUUUUCCACUUAACCUACAUUGGUAAUCUUUAUUUGAUUAAAUUACCAAGAGUGUCAAACAUCAUCUUAUUCUUAUCAUCCAAACUCUCAUAUUCAUUAUUAUUUUACUUGAACUGGCUUUUAUCUCUUCAUUUACACACAAAUCGAUAUGGUAGGUAGAUGUAUGAUUUGAUUUUUCGAAAUGUAUUGUGCAAAUACAUCUCAUUUUUUAAAAGAUAAACUUCUUUUAUUAAAGCCUAAUCUCUAGAAUGUUAAUGCUAGAGACAAAUUAAAAGCAUUCUAGAAAUUGAAAUAGCUUCUGCUUCACUCUAUAACAUAUUCGUUUAAAAUUCAGUAAGCUAUCUCAACUAAAACAUCAUUAGGUUAAAGCACGUAACACAGUGG